CCCCAGCAGUCAUCCAACAAUCCAGAUGUGGAUAUGAUGGUGAUUAGCGUAAGAGUUCCUGACCGUGUCAAAAUUGUCAUGCCUGCCGCAGAGGCUGGGAAGAACGUCUUCAUCGAAUGGAAGCCAGGUAAAGGUGCCCAGGAGACUAUGAAGAUCGCGGAGGCUAUCAAAAGCAAAGACGUGAAAUGCCUGGUAGGAAGUCAAGGUAAACAGAGUGCGACUUUGAGAAAGAUGAAGGAAUUCGUGUCAUCUGACAGGAUAGGGAGGGUUUUUUCGACAUCGGCGAUAAUCACGGCUGGUUAUGAAGAAGCGAAAAAAAAAACGGGGUCUUGUAACUGCUUCGUUUAACGCCUAUGCAAAUGACAUCGAGGGCGGUGCCUCUCCCCUGGAGAUUGGGACCGGUCACUUCCUUGUUGCUUUCACGGAAGUGUUUGGCGAUGUUGUUGAUG